AUGAAUAAUGGAAGAGGUGGAGUGUUAUUUGUAGAACCAGUUUUUGAUACAUCAGGUUAUUGUUCGACAUAUGUAUUUUCAGAAUCACAAGAAUGUUAUUUAGUUGAUCCCAGCGAAUCAACCUUAAAAGGAUUAUUGGGCGCUGAUGGUAUUGGUCUAUUAAGAACAAACAAUAUAUUGCUUACAUCCUUAUCAUGGAAAAAAAUUGGAGGCUUAAUUGGGGUUCUUUUAUCACUAAAGGAAACAACGAAUAUAGUUAAAAUCUUUGGUCCCCCAGGUAUCUUUACAUUUUUUAGAAAUGCAUCAUUCCAUAAUAAAAGUAACUUAUUCAGAAUUUAUGAACUGGAUGACUAUAACUACAAUCAAAUUGGUGAAAUAUUUCAAAUUAAAAGUAUUCCAAUUCACUCUAUAAAUACCAAAUUUAUAGAUGUUCCAGAAUCUAAUAGUUACGAAUUUGAUAAUAACCCCAAUGAAAAUAAUAAUAAUAAUAAUAAUAAUAAAUAUAAUAGUUUUAAUAAUAACAAGAAAAAUAAUAGUGAAAAUAAUAAAAAUAUGAUGAAGUUUCCAGUUACUUUAAAUAAUAAAAAAUUACCAACAGUUGUUCCUCUAUCAAAACCAUAUAAUUCACUUUUUUCAAAUAAUAGAAAGGAUAAUAAUUAUCACCCAAAGAUUUCACCAAAUAUUUGUUAUUUAUUUGAAACAUUACCAAUUAGAACAAGAUUUGAUAAAGAAAAAGCAAAUAGUUUAGGUGUUUUUAAUGGAAGAAAAUAUAAAGAACUUACAAAUGGAUUUGAUGUUGUAAACGAUUUACCAAAUGGAAGAAUAGUUAGUCCAAAUGAUAUUUAUAAAUUUGUAGAUGGAACUUGCUUUGCAUUUAUCAAUUGUCCAGAUGAAUCAUAUUUUGAUUCAUUAUUUGAAAAUCCAAUAUGGGAACCAAUUUUCAGUAAACAGAAAAAACUAUCUUUUGUUUAUCAUUCAAGUCCAAAAGAAGUUAUAAAUAAUCCUAAAUUUAUUAAAUUUAUGGAAAAAUUAACAAAUAAACCAACAAAUGAGGAAAUGGAACAAUUUGAAAUCGAUAAAAAAGAUGAAAGGUUAAGUUUAGAACAAGAUAACCAACCAACUACUACCAAAAAUACAGAAGAUGGAUCAGAAUUAGAAAUUAGCUUAGUAUUUGAUGAAUUUGAAAGAAGAUCAACCCUUCAACCACCAAUUCAAACUAAACACUUUUUAACAUCUAAAGAAUUUUCGAAAAAUCAAAUUUGUGAAAUUCCAGAUUUAACACCAACCGAUGAAAACAACGAACCAACAUCAAUUAAUGUAUUAAAUGAACUAUUGAAAUCCAAAAUAUUAAAAGAUUCAUUUUUUGCAGUAGAGAGUAAGGCCAAGCAUAUCAUUUCCCCAGUUCGUAGUAGAGGUAGAAUUACAGAGAAAAAUAUAAUAAAGAUACCACCAAUUCAACAUCUCAACUUGGAUGAUAAAGGUGAAAAAGAUAAAGCAACUAUUGAGCACAUUAAAAAUUUCCGUAACAAUAUGGAGAAAGGUUUAGAGUAUCCUAAAUUAAUGUUUUUAGGCACAGCUUCAGCAUCUCCAAAUCUUUUUAGAAGUGUAUCAGGUAUUUUAGUAUCACCUGACGAAAACAACCAUAUGCUGGUAGACUGUGGUCAAUCAUCAAUCAGCCAAUUAGAAAUAUUUUUUGGUCGAAAGAAGACAAAACAAAUUCUUAUGGAAACUCAUUUAAUUUGGGUAUCACAUUUACACGCCGAUCACCAUCUUGGUAUUGGUUCCGUAAUCAUUGAAAGAAAUCUCGCAUUCAAAGAAGCCGGUACGGGUGCUAAAUCUCUGAUUCUCCAAGAAGUCUGUGCAAAACUAUCUUUAAUAUCAUUAACAAGUGUACCAGUUGUUCAUUGCAAUGCAUCUUUUGGUUUGGUCGCUACAUUUAAAAACAAAGAUAUUCCAAAAGGUUACAAAAUUACAUAUUCCGGUGACACACGUCCCUCAAAACUAUUGGUAGCUGCUGGUAAAAACUCUGAUCUUUUAAUUCACGAAGCUACUUUCACUGACGAAUAUCAAGAAGAUGCAGUCGCAAAAAGACACUCAACAUUCUCUGAAGCAUUAGGUGUAGCAAAAGAUAUGAAGGCUAAACAAACUAUUUUAACUCAUUUUUCACAACGUUAUCCAUCAGUAAUUCGUCUAACUCAAAGUAACAAUCUAAAAAUUGGUGACAACUAUGAACCUGUAAAUACAAACCGUCCCUAUGCAUUGGCAUACGAUUUAGUUAGAUUCUCACCUUCAGAUUUUUCAUUACUUCAAGAGUUAAAUUUCACUUUGGAUGAACACAUAACCUCACAAGAAGAACAAUCAAAAAUUAAAGAAAGAGAAACAAUAAAUGAAAGAAAAAAAAGAAAACUUGGAGUUACAACUAACGAAAAUCAAAAUGAAAUUGAAAACAAAGAUCAAAAUGAAAAUGAAAAUGAAAAUGAAGGAGAAAAAGAAAGGGAAAGAGAAAAAGAAAAAGAAAAGAAAGAAAAACCUAAAACAGUAAUUAAAAUACCCAAAAUUGCAAAGAAAAAGGUUCCAAAAUUCAUAAAUCCAAAUCAACUUAUGGGAUCAGAAAUAUUUUAUACAACAACUGUUUCAAGUUGUAAAAUGCAUAAUAUAAAUAAUAGGAAUAAUAAUUAUAAUUUUAUACCACUUAAAAAUUUAAAUAAUAAUAAUUUUAAUAUAAAUAAUAUCAUAAGCAAAAAAUCAUUAAAUAUUUUAAAACUAAUAAAGAAAUAA